CUUUUGGUUUCCAAGUAUUCUUGUAAUAACCAGACGGUGAUGAUGAAUGAACAUUGAAGAAAAUAAAGUAAACUUAUUUCUCUUAGUGAAUUAAAGGUGCAGACAUGGAGCAGCUGAAUGUGAACAAGAACACCAGCUCUUCUUCUUCAGAGGACUCAAAUCCUUGUCCCAUUUGCCUCGGACCCAUAAUUCAAGAUUCUUACCUUGACAAGUGUUUCCAUAAGUUUUGUUACAAUUGCAUCUUACGUUGGACCAAAGUUGUUGCUCACAAGCAGUCUUGCCUGCCUACGUCUGUAAAGUGUCCUCUUUGCAAGACUGAAAAUUUAUCAAUAAUACAUGGAUAUGAUGGAAGUUCUUUUCAGAAGCAUUACAUCAACCAGGAUUCUGGCUUUAUCUUAUCAAAAGAUCACAAGUAUAGAUUACAAUGCUAUUAUACUGAACCAGGUUUCUUAAAUGACAUAUUUGAUGUCUUGCGGUAUUGGAAGUCCCACAAAUAUCUUCAGCCAAAUCGCUGGCUCCAAAGUUGGUUGAGAAGGGAAAUCCAAGCUCUGAUGCAGGAGGAAGAUGUUGAUAUCAUUAUGCACCACAUACAUGGGCUGAUUCAUUCAUCCCUGACUAGGCAUGAACAAAAGGGUCAAACGAAAACACCUGAAGCCAAACAAAGAGAAUUUCAAGAAUCAAUCUCUGAUGCAGCAAGGCCUUUCCUAGCAGCAAGAACUGAUCGGUUUGUAAAUGAGGUGGAGCUAUUUCUUGCUUCGGGUUUGAACAUCGAAGCAUACGAUGCUGUGUGCAUGCAACGCUUAGGUUGGAGUGCUCCAGGAGUAACUACGGAGCCUACAGAAGGAGAACUUGCCGAAAACAGACCUGUGAUCCCUUACUUGUAUAUUUUUUAUGACUCCGACUGUAGUGAUUGAAAGUUUCAUAUUCACAUGUAUGAAACAAUCACUUGCAUUCUUGUGUUCACUGAUAUACACUGUACUUGUGUUGGAUCCAUAAGUGAACAGUUAACAUCGGUACUUGAAAA